AUGGAGAAGAUUACAGAUGUGACUGUUGGACCCUGUGAAUGUUCCAAGUAUAUCAAACCAAAACGAAUUCAUUACAAACAGAAUGGUGUGGAAAAAAUAUGGGAUGCCAUGAAGGUACAUGACGGAGUGGCAUGUCUUUUGUUUAAUACAACAAGAAGGGUUUUCAUUUUUGUGCGACAGUUCAGACCAGCAAUUUACAUCAACAGUGUGGCUACAGAAGUCAGAGAUGGAGUAGAGACAGUUGACACCAACAAGUAUCCAGCAUCUUUGGGGAUGACGAUAGAACUCUGCGCUGGGAUCAUUGAUCGGGACGAGCCUCCUCAGAAUAUUGCUAAAAGUGAAAUAUCAGAGGAAUGUGGUUAUGAUGUUCCGCUGGAGCAUAUAAGAAAAGUGACAUCUUGCAGAAGUGGAGUUGGAACCGCUGGAGGCACACUUCACAUCUUCUACGCUGAGGUCACCGAUGAGAUGAAGGUUGGACCAGGGGGAGGCAAUCCACACGAAGGGGAGAUGAUCGAGGUUGUUGAGAUGUCUAUAGAGGAGGGGAGGAAACUUAUACUUGAUGAAACAGUUAACAGAGUGCACGGGUUGUUAUUUGCCUUGCUCUGGUUCUUUGAAAAUAUAUCCUACAAGGAUUCCUAG